AUAGUUGGUACUGCCCCCUGCCCACUUUGAUCAUAAAGAUAAUAAAAAAAUGCAGUUCACUUCAGAAGAAGCUUACGCUCGGCUCAUUAGCCAUAAUAUGACUGUGCCACAAAGGAUAAAGGCUACUGGAGACAUUGUGGAUGAAGAAGGUGCACCUAAUGGACUAGUGACAGGCUGGGAUUAUGCUAAUGAGAAAUUUGACAUGAAAGUUCCAGAAAGGAUAUUGGUUGCUGGGCAGGACCAACAUAUAGGUACUAAGGCUCCACCAAGGGAAAUCCAACUGGAUAAUGCUGUACUACCUACUGACCCAGGCAUGAUUCGUGUGAGCACACCACCCCGUGUCAUCACCCUAGAUCAACACUACUUUCCAUCUGCUGAUGAUUUUCCUAUAGAUGCACCAAAUUCACCACCAAGGAAUGUAAGAAUCAUCAGAUCGCAAGGUGAUGGAGCCAGAUCCACCACUCCUCGCCCUGACAACUUCAACGAUUCCACUAUGACUGAAUCACGUCUUGUAUUAAGGGAUCCUACUCCUCCAAUGGGACAUGGGGAAGGUCUCUCUACAGCAGAAGAGAUGGUUCAUUUGCGUCGACAAAUUGUAAAAUUAAAUAGACGUGUAAUGGCAAUUGAAGCAGAACAAUUGCAGAGACAACAAAAGGAAAAAAUAGCUUAUGCUAUUGGCAUUGCUUAUUUGUUGUUCAAGGUUAUUGCUUGGCUGAAUAGAUCCUAA